AUGAAACCAAGCGACGUCGAGUCGAAAGACAGCAUGGAUCUUCUCAGUCUGACCCUCCGAUCCAUCGAUCUGAGAGAUUCGAUACUGCAGAACGACGAUUUUCUUGAUUCGAACAGGGAGGUUGGUGCAGUUGAAAGAUUACCGAAACAGAUCAAAGAGGAGCCCAAAACCUCGAUCAAAGAGGAAUCGAAAGAAUUAAAGACUAUCAGCCUGGACGAGGUCGCUUGGCAUGACACUGUCGAUAAUUGUUGGGUCGUGAUCUACGAUUUCGUCUACGAUUGCACCGAUUUAUUAACGGAACAUCCCGGUGGUUCGGAUGUAAUCCUUGAAUACGCUGGCAGGGACGCCACUCUGGCGUUCAUAGGCACUGGACACUCCAGGGCAGCUAGAUCUAACCUGGAAAGGUAUCUAAUCGGCGAACUUCCGCCGGAAGAGAGGAUCUUCCGCGUUCCCGAUGGCCUAAAAAUCGAUGGGUUUUAA